AUGCCCUCCAUAAUUUUCGCGCGCGCAUGUGUAGAUCCUCACACUUCCCCUUAGAACCUGCUUUGGCAUCUUGCUCUACAGCAUGGUUCGGAGACAGCCGCCCCCUUUCUCUUGUUAACCGACAGACGCUACCAUGUUGGAAUCAACGAUGAUCCCGAAAAUGAUCAACAAAAGAAGAAGAACGGCUGGACCAGGAGUCGAACCUGGGUCGCUUCCAUUAAUCGGAAAAGCUUUGACCUCUAA